UCUGCCUCUCUGACACAGACUCUCUACUUAGUGCGUUGGAGAGAGGACUGAGGCUCACACUAUCAGCACAGCUUCUCAAUGGGGGGACGCAGCCAAGAGCAGACAGAGCAGUCAUUCCACUGGAGCCUUCCGCCGCACGCGUGAGAAGGAGCCGACAAGUGAAGGGGGGGUAAAUUAGCUCCCUGUCAUCACAACGUUGGACUUCUACUGACGGGGGAUAGACACAGACUGAAGGAAGAAGAGGACAGGAGAUGUUGCAUGCAUGUGGCUGAUACAGCAGUGACAUGAUCAGCCUGCCAUCAACUCAGAUGCUGAUCAGUUUGUGACACUGGGUGCUUUUGGUGAUUGUGUUGCCCAAGGAUUUCCAAAAGGAGCUGAACUGAGAAUAUUGCGGAGGUAAAAAAAACGAGAGAAAAACUGCGUUAUAGCUCCUUUUUCUGCCGUGUUUGGCUUAUCUGCUACUGGAAUUUGGUGCGGGAAUCACUGGCUUCAAACUAUGGAUGGAUUUAAGACUGAGAAGUGAGACUGCUUGGCAGGGAGGCAGUGAUUUCGACUGAGCUCCUUUCCUUCUGAACACACUGCUCAGACUCAGCUUUACCAUGUCCUGGUUGUUGGCCAUGUGGAUUAGCCUGGGCUUCCUGCUGUUGUGCCAGGCCACUCUCUACCAGACCAUCCAGCAGCACCAUGUGGCCCGGCCCGGCCGCACCGACAUCCUCACCCUGGAGGGAGGUACGUGUGAGGUGAUUGCUGCCCACCGAUGCUGUAACAAGAAUCGCAUUGAGGAGCGUUCUCAGACAGUCAAGUGCUCCUGUUUACCGGGGAAGGUUGCCGGGACGACACGCAACAAACCUUCCUGUGUGGAUGCAUCCAUUGUAAUUGGGAAGUGGUGGUGCGAGAUGGAGCCGUGUCUGGAGGGAGAAGAGUGUAAGACUCUGCCCGACAACUCUGGAUGGAUGUGCUCCUCUGGGAACAAAAUCAAGACCACAAGAAAUACCCAGCCAUACUCCCCUUUUUAGCUUCCGGAAGCAAAAUGCAGAGGAUGGGUCAACAGAAAUUGAGCUGCAUUCUUGCUUCUGUAAAGAUUCAUCCCAGGACCUAACAGAGCGCUUCCACUGCAGGGCUGCGUGCCAGGCUCUUUCCUUCAUCUACCCUUUCUCUUCCCACCAAACGGACUACAACUAUUACAUCCACGGCUACUGACUGGAUUACCUGGGACCACAGAAAGGAUAUCCACCCAGAUAAAACAGCUUUGCUUGCGUGGUGCCAAGGAUUUGAAACCAGACUAAUCCCUUGUUUGAUCAAUGAGCCCCAUGUUGGUGACUCUCCUCUUCCUCACAGCUGUGGCUAGUUUUUGACCUACUCUCUUUCUGUUUCCCUCACCCGUUUCCCCCUCAAAAACUGAAAGAGCUUAGCAGGGGAUAUUUAGAGGUUGUCAAAACAUUAUUUUAAGACAUUUGCCCCUCGUGAAGGUAAAUCAGUUUGUGAGCUUACAUGGACCUGAACAUGGGCUCCACAGAACUGAGAGCAAGCGGAUGAAAAUACCUUGGUAUCCUUUUCCUUCUGUGUGGGAGGCGUUCGUAUUCGACCCACUCUUCGAGCAGGACGUGGUUGAAAAACACUGGACUAUCAGUGAAGGAGACCAGCAGCGUAUUAUGAGUGAAUGAAGAAUCUCUGAGAGGCUUAAAGCCCCACAUGGACAUUUUGACUUUAAAUGGUGGGCAUGUCCGUUGUAAAUUCAUGAGCACCUCUUUUCUUUGUAUGUAAGAUAAUUUGUGUAUAUAUACAUAUAUAAAUACAUCACAUAUAAGAUACCAGAUCCAAGAAGCUGAAAAAUAUAUUUAAGACUCUAUUAGGAGCCCCUUGGUGGAAUAUUGAUCAGAAUAUAAGUAUUGUUCAUCCAGAGGCUGUUGUGUAAAGGACUGCUUUGCAGUUAACGCUCGCAUUGGAAAAAAUCCUCAACAGUCAUAAAAGUAAGCUUUUGUCAUACAGCAAUGUCCUUGGUUAAGCCAGUUAAUGCUUGUAGUUUCUGUAAAGAUGAGGAAAACACUGUAUAGAACUGCCUCACAAAAGAAAGCUGCACUAACAACAACCCCUGAGCCCUCAGAUCCAGAAGGGACGUAGAACAGCAGCAGAAAAACUCGGACCAUAAUCAGACAGUUAGUGUAUUUUUCAGCUAUGGAAGGUUGUCAUGGGCAAAUGCUUGACUAAAUGUGUUGUGUGGAUCUCCCUCUCACACACCAGAGAGAGAUGAUUUAUUCAAAAUGACAGUGAGAAAGUAUAAGCCACAAUGGAGAAACAUACAGAUAACCCCCAGUAGAUAUACAAGUACAUUACAGGACAGCCUUAUGAGAAAUAAAAAUGGUUUUCUAUACUGAUA